AUGAUCGAGGUAUUUUAUGAAGUGCAGGAUACGCACAUAGAUCCAGCUCUCUCCAGUCUGCUCGAGACUGCUAAUGCUUUACCCGUCGAAUGUUCACAACUGCAUUGUGAGACAUCAGUAAAAUUGGCAGACAUUAAAGUUAUAUUGGAUCGUAUUGACUCUCGAAUUACACAAGCAAAUCGAAGCAGAGACAUUAUGAUGGACAAAUGUAUAAAAUCACUGGAUAAAGAAGAGUAG